AUGUCUAAACGAAAUGUAGACCCGCUCUAUCAGCCUUUUAUACAGCCUACACACGAGAACCACAGUCCGUGGGUCAUCGUGUCUACCUGUCUGUUCAUGAUUAUUACCUUCUCCGUGGCCACUACAACACUUAUUGCGCGGUUUAGAGUCCUCAGGACACUGGCAUGGAGUGACUGGUUUCUGCUUUUUGCUACUCUUAUAUACAUAAGCCAAAUACUCGCUCUCGCCUCGUUAGCAUGCUCAAAAGCCUCAAUCACCCUGCUUCUUAUUUCGAUUAAGCCGCUGAAGAACAUCCUGUUGAUGUGCCGUAUUCUUCUCGGAGUUCUGGGAAUUUGGGGUGUGAUCGGCAUUAUAUCCCUUUCUUUGCAAUGCGGACUGUCUCGACCGUGGAUUUCGGGGGACAAAUGUUGGCUCAAUCAGUACGCGCUACAUGUUGGCCUUAACAUAGGAAGCAUGGUUACAGAUUUUGCUCUGGUCAUUUUACCGUUUCUCUUUGUGUUUCAGGUGCAAAUUCCUCGGCCUAAACGACUGGCCAUUGCUGCUCUUUUUGGCAUAAGAACAAUUGUCCCUUCCUUCACUAUUGUGAUGACAGCUAUAUCAAAAUCCUAUUUUUCUCCCAAUACACACGAGAAAUCUUGGUUGGCCGUUAUGCCGACAAUAUGGAUGCAAGCUAUUCUUUGCGUUUCAAUUGUGGCUACCUGCAUUCCAAAUCUAAAACGACUGUUGGCUGUUCUUCGAACUGGAUUGAUGGCUGGAACGGUUAACGAAUUCUAUGAGCUGUCAAUUUCGGGAGGCAGUAAAGCUGUGACCGCGGGAUCCCAACUGCGUUCCGGAAAAACGUCUUAUUCGAAAGAGAACUACGGUGCAGGCACACCACGGCCUUCAACUUCUGGAGGUAGCGUCUCUGGGACACCGACCAUCCCUUUGUAUACAGGAAAAUCUCAUGCUAUACACCACCUGCAUCCAAAUACGACCUUUGGGGUAUCCACCACCGGGAAAACGGAAAAUUUCGACAAUGGAAACAUCAUCGAAUCCAAAAUAUCCGGCCGCAAAAGCCCAAUAUUCAAACUACCGGAUUUCCUUUGGGAACGAAGUGAGCUGCCAGGAAUCACUCCCCCCAAACCAGUUGACCGUAGUUCAAGUCUUGACAUCUUGACAAGAGGGUGA